CGGUGGGCGUGUCCGUUCCGCAGCGGGCGCUGCCAUGGCGCUGAACCUGAGCAAGAACGGGCGGGCGCUGCAGGAGGCCUACGGGCGGGUGGUGGCUGCGGGGAGCCCCACGGACUGGGCCCUGUUCACCUAUGAGGGCAACAGCAAUGACCUGCGUGUGGCUGGCUCCGGAGAUGGUGGCCUGGAGGAGCUGGUGGAGGAGCUGAACAGCGGGAAGGUGAUGUAUGCCUUCUGCAGGGUGAGGGACCCCAACUCGGGGCUGCCCAAAUACGUCCUCAUCAACUGGACGGGUGAAGGCGUCAAUGACGUGCGGAAAGGAGCCUGUGCCAACCACCUCAGCACGGUGGCCAACUUCCUCAAGGGGGCUCACGUCACCAUCAAUGCUCGGGCAGAGGAGGACGUGGAGCCCGAGCUCAUCAUGGAGAAAGUCGCCAAGGCCUCGGGAGCCAACUACAACUUCCACAAGGAGAGCAGCAAAUUCCAGGACUCGGGCCCACAAGCUCCUGUGGGCUCUGUCUAUCAGAAGACCAAUGCCAUGUCAGAGAUCAAGAGAGUCAACAAGGACAAUUUCUGGGCCAAAGCUGAGAAGGAUGAGGAGAACCGUCGGCGGGAGGAGAGGCGUCGGGCAGAGGAGGAGCGGGAGCGGCUGGAACGGGAACGUCGGGAGCGGGAGCUGCGGGAGGCGGCGGGGAGGGAGCAGCUCUACAAAGCCAAAUCCAACCAGAUCGAAGCCCAGAAGAGGCUCCAGCAGCAGCAGGAGGCUGGGAACAGGGACCAGGAGCAGCAGCACCAGGAAGCUGCCUCCAUCAUUGCCCAGAGAGCUGUCAACCCCCGGGACAUCUUCAAGCAAAAGGAGAAGUUGGGACCAGCAGAGAUGGGGAGGGGGUCCCAGCCAGGCAAACUCCGCAGCCCCUUCCUGCAGCAGGAGCUGAAUUCAGUGCCCAGCCCUGGCUCCCCCACCCAGGAUGCUGCCCCAGGCUCCUUCACCCCCUCCUCUGCCUGGGGGACCCCUCCAGCCUCGCCGAGCCCUGCAGCAGGGCAGGACUCAGGAUACGGCUCCAGCGUCCCGGGCUCCCACCUGAAAGAGGCCAAUUUGUAUGAGGAGCCUCCAGAGCCCUCGGCCAUCUAUGAAGAACCUCCUCAGGAACAUGCUGAAAAUGCCAAAUACGAGUACACAGUGGAGUACCAACCCCCCCCUGACCUGACAGGGAAGGGGCUCUGUGCACGAGCACUCUAUGACUACCAGGCUGCUGAUGACACCGAGAUCUCCUUUGACCCUGAGAACAUCAUCACCAACAUUGAGAUGAUCGAUGAGGGUUGGUGGCGCGGCUACGGCCCCGACGGCCACUUUGGGAUGUUCCCUGCCAACUACGUGGAACUGAUCGAGUGAGGGGGUGUGGGACCUCAGCCACGCCCCAGCCCUGGGACCACUGCCCCCUGCCCCCUGCCCGCUCCUGGGUGGCUUUGCUUUCUCCUUUCUCCUGGCUGUUUGCUCUCCAAGCCAAGUGCCAUUCCCCGGCUCCCUUGGCAGCAGCUCCGGGCCCCGGCACAGGGUGGGGAUGAAGGCUCCAUCCCCCCACCCAUCCCUCCCCUCCUCCCCAGAGCUGGGGGGCAGGGGGGGUGACAGAUCCCUCCGGGGGCUUUUUCAGGGAACACUUUUCCCCUUCCAGACCUCAUGGCCACCAGGGAGGAAUCAAUCCCUGCUCCAACGCUGACCCAGCCUCAUGGGGUUGAUUCCAGAAUCCGCCAGGAUCCAACAGCCCCAACCCCGGCCCUGCAGCCCCCCCCCAGUGCUCCCCCCGAGUACCCCCCACCCCAGGGUGCCCCCCAUGUGGGGCUUUUCCCCUCUCCUCACCCACAUCCAUGAUUUGAGCCCGGGGUUUCAGUCUGCCAGGAGACCCAACCCGGGGGACUUGGGGGGGUUUAUUUUUUAACAAACCUGUGAGUGCAGGACCCCCCCCCCCAGUCACCCCAAAUUCACUGUGAACAAGGAAGAGCCCACUCCUGACCCCCCCUUGUUGAGUUUCUGCCCUUGGUGUUGCUUUAGGAGGAGCUUGGGGGUCCCAUGGGUGCUAUGGGUUGUGGCAGCUCCUUGAGCCCCCAUCCUGGGGGACUCACAGGCUCCCCCCCCCCCCCAGCAAUAAUAAAAGGGCUUUUCUUUGG